AGAGUGGCUUUAAGACCAAGUUGUUACAAAAGCAGAAGCAAACAAGAAUUGGUUGCAGUGGCCUGUGACACAUGAUUUGCCAUUGCAAAAAAGUAACGCCGCUUGCUGCAGUGGCAGGUAGCAUUAGCAGCAGAGAGAGAAAGAACCCAAAAAGUAAAAAGUUGUGUGUGGUAAGUAAUUAUGGGCAUGGAUGAUGGAUGAGAAACCCAUGGUCACAGAUCUCUGAUGAAGCAAGUAAAAAGCUUUUGCAACCAAAAUCCAAAAAAGACCAUACCUUUGCCUCUUCCCUCUCACUUUACCAUUCCUUCAACCAGACAGAGACAAAGCUUUGUUCAUUCCACACUUCACACUUCACACUUCACACUUCAGACCCACCACCACUAUCCUAAUCCCAUUCUCUCUCUCACACAUCUCUUUCCAUCAGCUUCACCCAACAUGUCAUGGCCACCUCCCCCUUUUCUCUGUCCUUGACUAAAAAUCUGAUUUUUCUUCCCUUAGAGGUGAAAAUGUUGGGAAAAAAACAAAAGUAACCGUCCCUGGUUGUUCUGUCCAGUGCUCUCUGUGUUCUAUGCUAUUGUUCUUUUUGGUACUUUGUGGAUUUUGAACUCAACAUCAAAGUCAAACAGUAUGAGGAAACAUGGAUGGCAGUUGCCUUACCAUCCUCUUCAGGUGGUGGCUGUUGCUGUGUUUCUGGCUCUGGGAUUUGCCUUUUAUGUGUUCUUCGCUCCUUUCGUUGGAAACAAAAUGUAUCAGUAUGUAGUUAUUGGCCUUUACACACCGCUGAUUACUAGUGUCUUUGGACUGUACAUUUGGUGUGCAGCAUCUGAUCCAGCUGAUCCAGGGGUUUUUAGGUCCAAAAAGUAUCUUAAAAUCCCUGACAGUAAAAAGCUUGCUGAGCUAAAGAAUUCUAAAUUAGGUGAAGAAUCAACUUCAUCAAUGCAUGAAGCAAAUGCAUCAACAGUUGGAGCUAAUUCUGUGGAUAAGGAGGCAUUGGGAACAAAAGGAAUUUUGAAAGAUGCUUCUAACUCAUUUGAGACAAGUACUUCAUCAUCUUGUUCAUCCUGUAUCCUUUUGGUUUCUUCUCCCUGUGCUUAUAUCUGCAGCUGCUCUAAUUCGACUGAGAAAUCCUCUGAUAAACAAGCCAGUGAAGAUGGCAUGUUCUAUUGCAGUUUGUGUGAAGUUGAGGUUUUCAAGUUCAGCAAGCACUGUAGAGUUUGCGACAAGUGUGUAGAUCACUUUGAUCAUCAUUGCCGAUGGCUUAACAACUGUAUAGGGAAAAAGAACUAUCGACAAUUUUUCACCCUCAUGGUUGCUGCUAUGCUCUUGUUUAUUCUUCAAUCAUUGACUGGAAUACUUGUGCUUAUCUGCUGUUUUAUCAAGAGGAAGCAAUUUUCUUUGGAUAUCUCCUCCAAGUUGGGAACCAGCUUCUCAAUGGUUCCCUUUGUUCUUGUGGUGUCUGUCUGCACCCUUCUGGCUAUGAUUGCUACCUUACCGGUUGUUCAGCUUUUCUUCUUUCAUAUCCUCCUCAUUAAAAAGGGACUCAGCACAUAUGAUUACAUCAUAGCUAUGAGGGAGCAGGAGCAGGAGCAGCUAGGAAAUGGAGGUCAGCAAAGUCCCCAAAUGUCAACUGUUAGCUCACUUACUGGAUUGAGUAGUGCAAGCUCCUUUACUACUCUACACCGAGGUGCCUGGUGCACGCCUCCACACUUGUUACUUGAAGAUCAGUUUGAUGUGGUUCCCCCAGAAACAGGUUCUGUAAGUUCACUGGGAAAGAAGACAAUGAGAGAAGAUCCACUGAAGAAAAAGAAUCCUGGAACAGUCAAAAUUAGUCCUUGGACAUUGGCACGCUUAAAUGCAGAAGAAAUUUCUAAGGCUGCUGCAGAAGCAAGAAAAAAAUCCAAAAUUCUGCAGCCUGUAAUAAGACAUGAUGAGGGAAUCAGGCUAGAACCAGAAAGCAGUUUUGGUAGCAGUGGCCGAAGAAUGGUUCCCAGGAUUGAGAACAAUAAGAAGCGACCUAGUAAGCGCGUUUAUCUUCCUGCCGACAUGUCCAUGGAGUCCCUGACAAAAGUUUCUGCCAGUAAUACUGAUAAAGGUUUGAGUGGGAUGUCUAGGUUGGCCCCUCUCCCGUUAGAAGCACGCAGCACAUUUCAGACAACUAAAGCAGUGUCAAGCUCGGCCGGGAUUGUUCCUUCAUCUCCUGAAAGCAGUUUAGACUCUCCUGAUAUUCACCCUUUUGGGGUGUCUUCUUCAGUUGCUGAAAAAAUGAGACAGCUUGCAGGUCCUUCAGCUGCUGGUGCUGCAACUCUGAAGGAAAUUCCACUGUCAAGUUCAACCAGUGAUGGAUAUGAGGCUUCUGGUGGGGAAGACAGUGACCGGGUUCCUAGUAGAAUUGUUGAGAGGUCUACAAAUUGGACUAAUCUUCUUUUCAGAGCUGAUCAGGAUGAAAGGGCUUUUAAAAAGCCUCAAUCGUCAUCCAGUGUUGGUCUUGGUAGAAAGUUGUGAUCAACUUGGAUGUCAAUUUGAUAACUAUCUUUCUGACUAUUUGAUGGAGUUGUUCAUUCUUUGACUUGCUAGGGGUACUUGAACAUUUUAAGAUGAUGCUCGCAAAUUUUGGACUUUGGAGGGCAUGGGUAUCUAGUGGAAAACAAUGUACAAAGUUUCAUGUUGAUAGUAACUUGUCGAGUCUAGAUUCUUGUGAAUUGUGGUUGUUUUGUUCAAUUUUUCAAGUUAUUCCUCAUGGUUGGUCUGUGCAAUGCCCUGAUAUUUUUAUCAAGAGAACUACUUGGGAAGAGAAUUAUUCCACCUACCUCCAAAAUGUUACUGUUGUUAGACUUCAGUUUGUAUCGUCAUGUAUAACUUCUAUUAAAACUAUGUCUGAAUCGACUUAGUUGUAAACAAUUUGCUAAUUUAACAGCUCUUCAAUUCA